AUGUCCGCCGCUUUACCCGGAAAUCGCGACUUACCCGCGUCCCAGUAUGACCUCAGCACAUACUGGGGACGGGUCAAACACUCCGCACAAAUAUCAGACCCUAGGACUCUCCUCACAUUCCCAGCCGGUCUUGAUCAUGCGAAGAAGUUGGUCACAUUGUAUAAGCAGGGCGAAAUCAAGGAGAUGACGCCGGAGCUGUGGACCGCGAAGAAGAUCGUGGAUUCUACGCUCCAUCCGGAUACGGGAAAGCCAGUAUUCCUCCCAUUCCGCAUGUCCUGCUUCGUAAUUUCCAAUUUGGUGGUGACGGCGGGUAUGCUCACACCCGGGCUUGGGACGGUUGGUAUAUUGGGAUGGCAGAUAACCAAUCAGUCCCUCAAUGUAGCCAUCAAUAAUGCCAACGCGAACAAGUCCACGGCUCUCUCUACGUCCACCCUCAUACAAUCAUACUUCAUGGCUGUUGGUGCGUCAUGUACGGUCGCCCUGGGUCUGAAUGCUCUGGUACCGCGCCUGAAGCGUCUCUCUCCAGCAGCUAAAAUAACGCUGGGGCGCCUCGUGCCAUUUGCGGCGGUAGCCAGUGCAGGUGCAUUGAAUGUGUUCCUCAUGCGCGGCGAGGAAAUCAGACAAGGCAUCGAUGUAUUCCCAGUGCUUAGUGAGGAAGAAAAGAAGAAGGUGGAGGACGGGAGCCUGGAGAUCAAGAGCUUGGGCAAGAGCAAAUCCGCCGCUACAUUGGCUGUGGGAGAGACGGCGCUGAGUCGGGUCUUGAAUGCUACACCGAUUAUGGUACUACCGCCCCUUGUCUUAGUCAGACUACAACGUACAAACUGGCUGAAACAGAGGCCGAGGAUGGUAAUGCCAUUGAAUGUUGGACUAAUCUUUGCAACAUCUAUCUUUGCCCUUCCUUUAGCUCUUGGUGCUUUCCCUCAGCGCCAGGCAGUGAGCGCGAAAACAUUGGAACCGGAGUUCUGGGAGCGUGCUGGGAAGGACGGGAUGGUCGAAUUCAAUCGGGGUAUUUAGACCACCAAAGAGCAUCAUGUUGGGCGGAAGCU